AUUCGCGUCACCACUCGCUCGAGAAGCCGGAGCUCUAUUGCCUCAUUCCGCCCAUGAGUUCGGCCCGUUGUGCGGUCGGCACCGCUAUGUUCGCCGGAAAGCUAUUCGUAUGCGGUGGUUACGAUAGGGGAGAGUGUCUGAAGACGGUUGAGGUAUACGACGAGCAGACGAAUAGAUGGCAUAAAUUGGAUCCAAUGUCUGUCCCGCGCGGCCGCUUCGACAUCACUGUCGUCGGCGACAAUGUCUACGCCAUCGGAGGAUGUGACGGUCAGAACGAACUGAAUUCGGCUGAAAUGUAUGACUCGGUGUCGGGCGAGUGGACAUCCAUACCGAACUGUCCGGUCGUCCGUUCCAACGCCGGUAAGACAUAAGUCGAGACAUUAAUACUUAAUGAGCAAAAAAUAACAAAAUGCUAAGAACUGGGUUAAUGUGUUGCUCCGGUAAGUACUGUUGUGGUUGGCAUCCAAUGGUUAUCCCCUAUAUAUUGCCACAAAUCUUCACAGUUUUCUGUUUUGCAGUCCAUUGAGAACUCUAUGCGGUUCGCGACACAACACUAUUGACAU